GUGACGUUCCUGUGGCUGAUGAAACGGUUUCGGCCAGACAUCAAGCUUCUCGUGGAGCAGCCAACAUCGAGUUUCAUGUUUAAGAUGCCAAGCAUGGUGGCAAUCGCAAACUCCUGGGAACUUGAACGAUGUUUGACGCACUUGGGUGUUUUCGGACAUGACCUCUUGAAAGCAACACAUUUGCUAGGAAAUUGGUGCGAAAUGUCUUUGCUAGCCCGGACAGCCACGGCUAAAGUCAAAGAAGCGCACCGCAAGAGAAUCGAGUCUAAGCGAGCACGCCAAUUGGCAAAAGGACAACAGCCUAAAGAAUACUGGAAAAAACUUUCUGGCCCAGGAAAUCGCUUCCAAGGGGGAGCAAACUUGGCCGAAAGUGCUGUCUAUCCUCAACGAUUUGCCACGGCAAUUUGCAAUGCUUGGUCCAAAGCGGACAGCAAAAGGGUCGUUGAUGAGCAGAAUGCAUCUUCCUAA